AUGCUCUACCUGUCUGCCCACCGGAGAGUCCACCUGAAGGUGAAACCCUUCCCGUGUCCCUCGUGUGACAAAGGCUUCACCACGCGCCGCAGCGUGCACGUCCACCAGCUGACGGUGCACGGCGGCCAGCGCCCGUUCAGCUGCAGCGUCUGCAGGAAGUCCUUCAGCCAGCUGGGCGGCCUCCGGCGCCCCACCGCGCCGCACGCGCACACGGGGCGCGGCGGCCUCUCGGUGCAUCGGCGCAUCCACACGGGAGAGAAGGCCUUCCGCUCACGGCGCCCUGAGGAAGAACUUCAAGGUGGCGGCCAACCUCGCGCCACGGGCUCGCACUUCCGCCGCGCUUCAGCUGCGGCGGCGUCCGCAGCCACGCAGGCGCGCGCACCUCAGCAGUACGCCGCCCGCCGCACGGGCGAGGCCACGCUGGGGAAACCCGUGACGCCGCGGGCGAAAAGGGGGAGCGCUCUUCGCCCAUCGCCGCUGAGGCGCCACGCGCUGGGUCACGGCGAGCGGGAAUCGCACGCCUGCCACGAGUGCGAGAAGAGCUUCGCCAGCGCCCAGAUCCUGAAGACUCACCUGAGGCUGCACGCCGGGCGCAAGGCGUUCGCCUGCGAGGUGUGCGGGCGCCGCUACAGCUCGCUCGGCUACCUCAAGACGCAUCGGCGCGGCCACUCGGAGGACAGCGGAUUCGGCUGCGAUCGGUGCCAGAAACGCUUCGCCACGCGGGCGAGCGCCAAGCUGCACGAGCGCACGCACAGCGGGGAGAAACCGUACAUCUGCGAGGUCUGCGGGAAAAGCUUCGGCGUGGCGCAGAACCUCGCCAGGCACGCGCGGGUCCACAGCGGCGAGAAGCCGUUCGAGUGCGGCGACUGCGGGAAGCGAUUCAGUCAGAACAACAACCUCAAGGCUCACCAGCGCGUUCACACGGGGCAGAAACCGUUCGGCUGCGCUGUGUGCGGGCGCCACUUCAGCUCCACGAGGAGCGUUCGAGAGCACAAGUGUGUCCCCGCCAAGUAG